GUUACUCAAAUGCCUUUCGAAUACAAACAAGAGCAAAGAAAAUACGAAGAGAACCGACACGAGGCUUAACCCGGGGAGCUUCUGCCUACCUGUGAAAGUUUGGAAAUAACAACAACUACAUGAACAUGGCUGAGGCAAACAACGCUUUCUUUGCAGCCAGCGAGCAGACGUUCCAUACACCCAGCCUCGGGGAUGAGGAGUUUGAAAUACCCCCGAUCACGCCUCCUCCGGAGUCAGACCCCGCCCUGGGCAUGCCUGACGUGCUUCUACCUUUGCAAGGCCUCAGCGAUCCGUUGCCUUCCCAGGGAAGUGAAUUCACACCCCAGUUUCCCCCUCAGAGCCUGGAUCUUCCUUCCAUUACCAUCUCAAGGAACCUCGUGGAACAAGAUGGCGUGCUUCAUGGCACUGGGUUGCACAUGGAUCAGAGCCACACUCAAGUGUCACAGUACCGUCAGGACCCCUCCCUGAUCAUGAGGUCCAUCGUCCACAUGACGGAUGCCGCUCGCUCUGGGAUCAUGCCUCCUGCCCAGCUCACCACCAUCAACCAGUCUCAGCUCAGCGCCCAGCUGGGGUUGAAUUUGGGAGGUGCGAGCAUGCCCCACACGUCUCCUUCACCUCCAGCGAGCAAAUCGGCAACCCCCUCCCCUUCCAGCUCCAUCAAUGAAGAGGAUGCGGAUGAAUCCAACAGAGCCAUUGGAGAGAAAAGAGCUGCUCCAGAUUCUGGCAAGAAGCCCAAGACUCCAAAGAAAAAGAAAAAGAAAGACCCCAAUGAGCCACAGAAGCCAGUGUCAGCAUAUGCCCUGUUUUUCAGAGACACGCAGGCUGCAAUUAAAGGUCAAAACCCCAACGCCACCUUUGGAGAGGUCUCAAAAAUCGUAGCGUCUAUGUGGGACAGCCUGGGAGAGGAACAAAAGCAGGUAUAUAAAAGGAAAACGGAAGCUGCCAAAAAAGAGUACCUGAAGGCCCUGGCCGCGUACAGGGCCAGCCUCGUUUCUAAGGCUGCCGCUGAAUCAGCAGAAGCCCAGACCAUUCGUUCUGUUCAACAAACCCUGGCGUCCACCAAUCUGACACCCUCCCUCCUUCUCAGCCCCCCGCUGUCUCAACAUGGAACAGUGUCGGCACCACCUCAGACUCUCCAGCAAUCGCUCCCCAGAUCAAUCGCUCCCAAACCCUUAACCAUGAGACUCCCCAUGAACCAGAUUGUCACGUCGGUCACCAUUGCAGCCAACAUGCCAUCGAACAUUGGGGCUCCGCUGAUCAGCUCCAUGGUUGGCUCAGCAUCCUCCACCCAAGUGAGCUCUUCGGUCCAGACCCAGCAGCAUCAGAUGCAGCAGCAGCAGCAGCAGCAGCACCAGAUGCAACAGAUGCAGCAGCAGCAGCUCCAGCAGCACCAGAUGCAUCAGCAGCUCCAGCAGCAGAUGCAGCAGCAGCAUUUUCAGCACCACAUGCAGCAGCACCUGCAGCAGCAGCAGCAGCACCUGCAGCAGCAGCUCAGCCAACAGCAGCUGCAGCAGCAGCUGCAGCAGCACCUCCAGCUGCAGCAGCUGCAGCACAUGCAUCAGUCCCAGCCUUCUCCGCGGCAGCCUUCCCCCGUCACCUCCCAGAUGACGUCCCCCGGCCCCGCCAUUGGGAGCCCCCAGCCAGCCUCUCAGCAGCACCAGUCGCAGAUACAGUCUCAGACGCAGACUCAAGUAUUAUCGCAGGUCAGUAUUUUCUGAAGAUGCACGCGGCAGGCGGGUUUGCGCAUCUUGGGGGAGAGUGGCGUCAUCGGAGGGUAAACCACAUGUGGCUGAAACUCGGAAGUCGGUGUUGGUUAUGCAGAAAUGUGUAACAGACCACGCGGUCCUCUCAAGUGUCUAUUAGAUAGGCAAUAAGAACUACAGUGUAGCUGAAAAUCAUCUUCUAGCGGACUCUAAAUCACUUUGUUUUUAAACAAGAAAAGCUGUGCUCUUUUAUGUGAUGCCUUUUUUAUUUAUUCAGGCUGUACCUACAAUAUGUGAAUCAAACCGUUUAAUGAAUCCUGGGACAUACUGAUGACUGUAAUAAACUGGCCUCUUUGAGUCAUAGCAAAUGGCCUUAUUUCUCCAGAAGUGAAUAAACCACACUUCCAGGUGACUGGAACGUCCGAAGCCCUAAAAAUAAAAAGCACAGUCGUAACUACCUGAAAUAUGAAGAACCAGUUUCAUACAAACAUUUGUAUGACGUCAAUCGUUGAUGGCAUUUUUUUGUCAUGAAAAAAAAUGUAAAUCACAGACUUUUGCCAAAGCUCUUAUUUUUUUUCCUUAAAUCUCUCCAGAAAAAAAAAAAAAUGCAAGUGAUUAGAUUCAAUUAUUGACUCAUUUUUCACUUUUUACCCAUGACUUCUCCAAAUCAAACCACAGUAUAUGUUGGAACAGUAUCUAUGACCACUGUUAGCCCAUUAUACUCAUGCCAAUUAGAAGACAAGAAUGUGAAUAUUAUAUUCUGUGUUUUGAGUGACAAGUUUCGAAAAUUAAAAACACUGUAUUUUUAAAAGGGAAAUGCACUUAAAUGAAAACAGUUAUUACAAAAGUUAAGAUUUAAAAAAAAAGCAAGAGUUUUUAUUAUGAUGUAAUACCGGUAGAAUAUUUAAAAGGCACACCACAUCGGAAUAAUCAAUGUAAAUAUUUUCUUUCAAAGUUGUAAGUUUUCAUAUCAUGUGUUGUAAAGUUUUCAUAAACGAGGCUUUAACGUAAACACUGGUGACACGAACCAUUCAUUGCUACGUUGCUUCUUGUGUUUUUAUGCUGUUUUAUACUUUUUUAUGAGUUAUGAUAGCAGCAAUUAAGUUGUUUGUAUUUUGCUUAACUAAAACAAAAAUGCUUUUAUCUUGCUAUAGAAUAAACACAUUUCAGUAAAAACCGUGGACUGUAUUUUGAUGCAACAACCAGGAAACUGUUCACUUUUCAAAUAAAAUGAUAUGUUAAAUUUCA